AGUUAUUGUUUAUGAUUGUGAUGGUGAGAUCAUUAUGCCGUGCAUCAGUAAUCCAUCAACCAGGACGUCAACAGGAACAUGGUCAUCAUCACUAGUCCAACAACAACAACAUCAUCAUCGUUAUAGACAACAUGGUGGUGGUAUUAAACAUAUUGGUAUAUUCUUACUCAUUAUACUAUGCUGCUGCUUCUACUCUGUAUAUAACCUUAUAUCAUCAUAUAGUAGUAAGAGUGGUAGUAUGUUAAGAGGUUAUCAGCAUCAUCAACAACAACAACAUGCUAUAGUUCAUCCAAUGUUGUUGGAUAAUAAGUUCCUAGCACCUAUGGAUAGGAUAAAAGUAUCAUCAUCUAUACAUACUAAUAAUGAUCAUCACCCUAGUAAUACUAUCAUCCAUUAUACUAAUCCCGUUAUUACUACUACUACUAACCCGGUGUUGUACUAUUGGUUAGGUGGUAUUAUGAUGGCUGCUGCUAUAUUAUCUACUAUGCUAUUAGAGUCGAUUAAGAGUAAGGGGAAGAGUGGUAUGAUUGUUGGGUGCAGGGCGGCUACUACUGCUCCUACUACUACUAGCUCUACUGAUGUUGCUUGUGAAUUACCUAAGGAUGUGUACGCAGCCAGACAUGCAGUAGAUGCUAUACAGGUGGCACCAGGAUUAGAUCUUGCUACCAUUCGGAAGAUUAGUGAGGUGAAUAAGGAACCGGACUGGAUGUUACAUUUCCGUGAGAAGGCAUUCAAAUGGUGGAAGGCUCAGGAUGAUAAUGUACCAGAGUGGGGUGAUGUUGCUAAUCGUAUGCCACAUGAUAUAAGGGAUAUGUUACAGAAUAUGUCAAUGUUCUCCCGUCCUCAACAUCUACCAUCAGCACGUCCAGGUGUAGAGAAUAUACUUAACAUGAACCUUAAUGAUGAUAAUAAUGAUAGUAUAAAAGAAGGAGGAGGGUCACCUGCUCACGCUGCUACUGCAGCUGCUGUUGAUGCUGUAUUUGAUAGUUUAUCUAUUGCUACUACAAGACGUAAAGAACUCUAUGAUAAGUAUGGUAUAAUAUUUUGUUCCCUUCUUGAGGCAGCACGAGACUAUCCUGAUCUAGUACAUAAAUAUCUUGGAUCAGUAGUACCAGUUAAUGAUAAUUAUUAUGCUGCUCUCAACUCAUGUGUAUUCUCUGAUGAUAAUGCUAGUAUUAAAUAUAGUACAGCUCAGAAUUGGCAUGCUGGUAGUAAAGUCGAUGAUGAUGAUGAUACUUGGUCUGGUGGUGUACUUAAUCUUGUUACUAAAAGAGGUCAAUGUAGAGUAACAUUAACAAAUAAUGCACAACAGGCUGAUACUGGUACUAAGAUGAUACAUAUUGGUGAUAAUACUAAGAGUAUAUCGAGUACUCUACCAGUACUACAAACAAGUGGUGUAGAUAGUGAUGGUGCUGAUGAUGUUGAUUAUGGGCAUCAUGAUGGGCAAGUAAUAGAGCAUGAGGCCUCUACUAGUAGGGUUAGUGCUGAUCAAUUACAAUAUCUGAUGUCGAGAGGUCUACAAGAGUCAGAUGUAUUAUCACUCUUAUUGGUUGGUUUUUGUGAAGAUGUAUUUACGGAAUUACCAUUAGAAUUCGCAGAGGAAGCAAGCGCUAUGUUGAAGGAGAGAUUACGUGGUACUGUUGGAUGA